AUGCCUCUGAUACAAGACAACGAAGACGCCGAUAUCACGUCGACCCGCGAUGACCUCGAAAUUGACCCCGAGGUCUUCGACGUACUGAUCAUCGGUGCAGGCCCCUGUGGACUUGCUGCCGCCGCUCGCAUCCGGGAAGAUGCUCCAUCUGCCAUGUUCACAGAUGAAGAGCACAGCCGGUUCCACUGGCUGCGCAAACACGGCACAAAAGUUGCAUUAAAACACUACAAGACCGGAAAGGAGGUACCUGGGUCUCAACCAAAGGCCGGUACAAAGCCAGAGUACAGAAUGGCGGUGCUAGACGCGGACGACAGUAAUUGGCUCGGACGCUGGCGGAGACUUUUUUCCACUUUUGACAUCAGCCAUCUCAGGAGUCCCAUGCUGUGGCAUGUCGACCCUCAACAUAGGGAUGCGAUGCUGUCGCAUGCGCAUUUCCACGGGCGGGAGAACGAGCUGGUGGAGAUUAGAGGGUGCGUGGGCAAGGAGAUGAGCAAGCAUCAGAAGAAAAAGAGGAGCCAGUUCAGCGGCGGAAAGCAAGAUGCUUCGAUCGACAUUAACCAGCGGGACCAAUGGGACUACUACACUCCGUCCUUAUCCCUCUUCACGGACCAUUGCGACUGUGUGGCCGAGCGAUAUCACCUCAUGGAUGGUCUCGUCCACAAAGAGCCCGUCACAGACAUCCGGUACAGCGCAGUGGAAGAAAUCCCAAACAGCGAGGACAAGCUCUUCACCGUCACCACGGACAAGACCAUCCGCUACGCCCGCGCCGUGAUACUCGCCGUCGGUCCCGCAAAUUCCCCCGUGCUCCCCAAGAUCCCAUCCCUCUCCUUCCCAGGUCACUCUAGCAGCGACCACACCGCCUGCAUGCCACAAGCGUGCCACAGCAUGAAGAUCGCCACCUUCCCCGACCCCAUAGUCCAGGCACGAGUGGCAGCCCAGAAGCGCACCAACGUCCUGGUCGUGGGCGGCGGCCUCACGUCGGCGCAGCUGUCGGACCUGGCCAUCCGCCGCGGGGUGACGCGCGUCUGGCACCUCAUGCGCGGCACCGUCAAGCUCAAGGCCUUCGACGUCGACCUCCACUGGAUGGGCAAGUACAAGACGCUGCACCAGGGGUACUUCCACCAGGCAGACUCGGACGAGGAGAGGCUCGAGAUCAUCAAGGAGGCGCGGGGAGGCGGGAGCAUCACGCCUGCUUUCAUGAAGCGCAUCAAGCCGCAUAUGGCGCGCGGGCAGCUGAAGAUGUUCGAGAAGACUGUCAUCACCGACGCCCGUUUCGAGGAGUGUGUCGACGGCGAGGGUGGCGUCUGGAAGAUUAAGACUGAACCGCCGAUCGAGGGCUUGCCGGACGUUGAUUACAUCUACUUCGCAACAGGCAUCCAGUCCGAUUUCACUACCCUACCCUACCUGCAGAAUAUGCUCAGGGACUACCCGAUACAGAGCCUCGGUGGGUUUCCCUGUCUGAACGAGGAUCUAAUGUGGAAGGAUGAUGUGCCGCUGUUCAUGGCGGGGAGGCUUGCCGCGCUGAGGCUGGGCCCUGCUGCGCCGAAUAUUGGUGGUGCGAGGGUAGGCGCUGAGCGGAUCACUUUGGCUCUUGACCAGCUCCCAUCAAGCUCAGGCACUGACGAGCCAAAGAGGUACCUGGUGGAGGAGGAGAAUGUGCUGGAUGCGCGGCGGGACAGUGGCGUCGGCUUGUUCAACUAUGCAUCUGGGACAGGGAGCAAGUACAGCAGCUUGGUGGAGGUCUCUGACUGA